CGGAGACGGAGAAGUCUGUCACAAAGCCAUCGGUUUAAGUGGGUUUGGCCGUGAAAGUCUUCACUGUGUUCAGUUGCCAGUGAAGCCGAAAUCCUUUAUUGAUGCCAAGGCUGACAAGUCUUGGCGAAGCACGGCCCAUCCCGCUCCCGUUCCCGAAAUUCAGCCGAAAGCUCCGAUCCUAAUCCUUAACACCGACGCCAAAAUGGUCCAUAUCAUCAACUGGUCCAACUUGCGCAGCGACGGCGAUCCGGCAAAGCACCUUACCCACACAUCAGAUACGGAUAUCGAAACCCCCGUUGCUCUUCUUGUUGACUACGUUAACAAACACCAAAUCAUCAAGGAUAGAUUUGGCUCUGUCGCUUUUGACAGUCUUCCCGACAACUACAUUGUGGUCACAGCGUACGGCACGAAGAAUCCAUCCCGCUCUUGGCGAACUGUCUACGGGCACCCCGGAGGCUCAAUCGCAUCCUUGGAAGACUUCGCACCACACAUUGUUUUUCUCCUGACGCGAGACGGUUCUCAGCCUUGUGGUUGCUCUAAGUGUAGAAAGACACCGAAGGAACAAAAGACCAGCCGAUCUACCUCCAACAUCGAAUCCACUCCCAACGCUAUCCACGACGACAUGGAACCCGCCUUCCCACCUACCCCCAUGGACGUCGACGACGACGAAUUUCCUGUCAACACCAACAUCGACGAGGACGGCACCCCCAAUGUCUUGACUCAGCUCCUAGACCGAGCCUGGGCAGGAGAGCAUUUCGGUCAGGCUAUAGCAGAGACUGGCUCCAUGCACUGGCUUCUUGAGAAUGAAGCCGCCGAGUUUCCCGACUAUCUCAAGAGAGUGAAGCGCACUCCUCGCUGGCAGUUCCGUCUCGGCGAGGUUGUCCUUGUCGCGCGCAACCUCAAGCCCGGCGACAAGCUCAGAAUGGAUGAUGCGACUGGUAUCCUCAAGAUCUUCAGCCGUGCCUACGGCCCUAUUGGCCUGCCCAUAUGGGAAGCCGCAGUUGUCACCCAGCUGUACCCCAAGGCCUUUGGCAUCAACAUCCUGGAUCAGCACGGUGAUUCCCAGGGUACAGCCUUUGACGGAUAUCGUGUCGAACCCGUGUCGGAGAUCGGCACCAACAACAAGCCAUGGUCAACACGCUACCAGGUCGUCGACCCGCUCAACAUGCGCCCCUUUUCCCAUUGGCGCGAGCUCAUUGACAACGCCGAUUUGAACGACCCUCAUGCAUGCCAUCCCACCGUCCGCCACGCCAUGCUUGCCAUGUCCUCCGUAUCUGGGGUCGGUCGUUACCACUUCACUGCCAACGGACAGGAAGCCCGCCUCUAUUUCAAGGGCGUGUACAUCGGCGCCGAGUUUCUCACUCAAGGUGACGUUGUCCGUUUCUCGUCGCCCCAGCAUUUGAACAGCUUCGGAAACGACGUCUUGCACAUCAAGCACAUGUACCUGUACGCUGGUCUCGACCGCGACACCGAACCGAAGGGUUUCCAUCUGCAAGGUAUUGGCUACACUGUCGACCGCGCCCACGCUCACGGCAACUUCCAGCGUCCUGUUCCCGUUGAAGAACUUCCCUUCCGUUCCAUGCGCGGAUACGGCCUAUGGUACAAGAUGUCGGCUGAUGACACAAUCGUGCGCGUUAACUACGCCCGAGUUCUGACCCGUCUUGGAGAAGACGCCUACAUGAAGAUCAUGGUCAAGCACAGUCACACAAAGGUCGCGUCUGGCGGUGGCGCUACCCACAUGGGCAUGCCCGAUCAUGUCAUCGACAUCACUUAUGGUCUUGAGGGAGUUGUCGCUGCCCGUGAGCAUUCCUCCAAAUUCGACCCUCGUAUCGACCGCAGCAUCGGAGAGACUUUUUACCUUGCCGACGACCGUGUGGAACAGCUAGACCUCCAACUCAUCAACGGUCAUGAUGUUGGCCAAAAGGCUCGAUUCGGGUUCGAUUCUGCUCCACAGCCUCUACAGGAAGCUCACCUGAAGAGCAUGUUCCGCGCGCGUGCCGCUCGUCCCAAGGCACCCGCACCCGCACCCAAGAAGGCUGCCAAGUACGAAUUCACCGAAAAAGAGAUGGAAUUCGCCGAGGCUUUCAUGGACAAGUAUGAAGCAGGUUACACACAACGCCAGACCGAGGGCGAUUUCGAUGAAUUCAUCUCGUAGGCCGAGGAUGAUGCCAACAAAUCAACCCCCUUCUUGGAACGAAUGGCCAGGGAGGCCGCCGAAGAAGACAAGAAGUUCAAGGAACACAUGGCCGAGAACAUGGCCAAGGCCGACGAUAUUCUUUCGAGGCUUUGAGCUGAGAAAAAUGUCGCUUCAACGGCGCUUGAAUCACCACGGAAAUUCAGGACGCUUGCAAAAAGAUUUUGGACAUGGUGCCAAACAGGAGAUGCCACGAUAGGAUUGAGGAAGAAGGAAAGAAGUUCAAUGGGAACGAAAUAAUGCGGAGGAUAUUCAAAAAAGGGUAACAAAGGGCAAUGAUAUCAUGAAGUAAGGGAGCCCGCGAAGACGCCAAAGCAUCAUACAGAGAACGCGAGCGGUCUCCCUAACACGAGCCUUUUUCUAGCGGAGGAU